AGUAUUGUGGAUCCGCGGUGUUACGCUAAACCGUAUAUCAACAAAACAAGUACCAACGGCACGGCUGCGGCAUCAUUGUGUUGCUCAAAAACCAGUAAUCAACCAUGGCUAGGGCAUCAUGGUGUUUCCCUAAUACCAGUGAUUAACAAUGACUAGGACAUCCUUUUGUCGCUGGAGCCAUUCAAACACGGUCGUUUUGAUCUGGGUCUCUUCUGCAAUUAUCUUUUUCCUGGUCUUUCACAUGGCGCUUGAUAAUUCUCUCUCUUCUUCUCGUCUCAAUCAAUCAAGUGAUCCAGGCUAUGCUAGUACAAGUGCUAAGCAGCGUUCGGCAUUGUAUGAGAAAAUGGCAAGGGAUCUAGAUGAGCAUGGUGCAAGCUUUCUUCAAGGCGGAGCUACUUCUCAGUCACUAUCUAUCUCUGACAUUUUCUCUUUUAAGGAUGAUUCAGUUAUUCCUAUACUCAAGGCUGCAGACCCUCCAGUUCGUGCUACUGUUCUAUACUUGUAUCCGGAAUCUGCAAAGCCCAUAUCUGAUACUGUAAAGAGUAUAUUUAUGCAAUACUUUGGCAGAGCAAUUUGGUUCCAAAAUGCAAGUCUAUAUCACUUCAGUAUGUUUCAUGCAUCUCAUCAUCUAGAACCUGUGACUGCGACUCCUGAUGAGAUCGAGGCUGAAGGGAAUGCGAUUAAAGCUGUCGCUGAGGUUAUUUGUCCACUGAAAAUCAUCUUGGAUAGGGUCGUUUUAACUUCAACUGGUGUGCUUUUGGGUUGUUGGCAGGUGACCUCUGGUACUGAUCCAGUAGACAUUCGGGCAAAACUAAGAAAUGCCCUUCCACAUGCUCCCCAAAAGCAGCUUUAUAAUCCUGUUAUGCUCCAUACUUCCCUUGCAAGGCUUCUUGGACCCCCUCAAAUGUCCUCACAGGAGAAGCACAUGCAUAGUGAUCAACUCAAACUUUUCCAGGAUCUAGUUGAACGCGCGAAUCAAAAACUUAAGGGAUUUGAGGCCACAAUUUCAGAGCUUUGGUUUGUUGAAGAAUUUGAUGUCCUAGCCCUUGCGCUGAAUGGCAGAAUGAAGGUGCGCAAGUUUGAUCUAAUUUGCUCAAAUGGCUGAUAUAAUUACUAUGAAAUCUUUCUGCAGCUGGUGGGGGUGCUUGUGAGUCCUGAACUCUGAUAUUUCGGGCUAGACUUUAAGGUCCUUGGGCCGAGCAUGGGCUAUGCGUAGUAGGCCCAAUCAUUUUCAAGACAGCGCACGGUCCCCCCCCCCCCGCCCCCCC